AUGAGGAGGGUACCAAAUAACCAGCAGUCCUUUCCGGAUGAUUACAGUUAUGUUUCUUUUACAAUCUGGGAGACGAAGAAAGACUUUACUUUCUGGAGGAAGGGACCAGCCUUCAAAGAAGCCCAUGGUGGCGGUGGAAUUCUGGACUUUGUUGGAAUGGUCAUGAGUUCCUUCAUGACCAGCAAGGGCCCGCCCAAGCCAUCCUUCUGGCAAGGAUUGCUGCCGCAGAAGUCCUUGCAGUCCAAAGUUCGCUUGGUUUCGGGCCCUGGUGGGCGACCGGAGGCUGAUGGUGAGAAGAUGCUCCCACCUGAGGUCUUUGUCGCGACAACUCGAUACAACGUGGCGGACCAGUCGAAGACGGAGUUCGAACAGUUGUGGAGCAAACAGAAAGACGAGCUGCAGGAAACGGCCGGCUUUCGAUUCUCUCAACUCCUUCGACGUGACCAAGCGCCAGAUGAUAACUGCAACUACUUGAGCGUGACUGUCUGGGAUGACAAGGCAGCAUAUGCAACUUGGCUUGGACCAGAGCAAGUUUGCAGGAGGCACAACUGA